GUAGUGGGGUAGCUCCAUUGGCAGCGGCAACUAUGAGAGAAGUUUCCUGGUGACUCGGCCGGUGGCAGCAGCCGUUGACGCGUAGUGGGAGACGGCGGUGGCCGCUGAGAAGUCUCGGGGAGACGGACUGUCUCUGGGAGACAACCGGCGGAUACAACGCGGGGGUUUACUUUGUUUUUGGGACACGAAGAAGAAAAAGAAGGAGAAGCGGCGGCGGUCCCGCUGCUAGCGAAACAUGAACAAAACCCACCGGGUGCCGAGCAACCGUUCACUCAGUGCGGUGGAGGUGAAGAGCAAGUUCGGUGCAGAGUUUCGUCGGUUCUCGCUGGAUCGGUCGAAGCCGGGCCGCUUCGAUGAGUUCUACGGCCUCCUGCAGCACGUGCACCGCAUCCCCAACGUGGAGCUGCUGGUGGGCUACGCCGACGUCCACGGAGACCUGCUGCCCAUCAACAAUGACGACAACUACCACAAGGCCAUCUCCACCGCCAGCCCCCUGCUCCGGCUGUUCCUGCAGAGGAAAGAGGAAGCCGACUACACGUUCGGCACCAACUCUCUGACCAGGAAGAAGAACGGCGUGCUGGCGGCGGUGCUCCUGCGGCCCGACGCCGGCAGGAAGAAGCCCCCGGUGCUCAUCAGCCUGCCGAGGGACUUCCGGCCCGUGUCCUCCAUCAUCGACGUGGACAUCCUGCCGGAGACGCACCGCCGCGUCCGGCUCUACAAGCACGGCCAGGAGAAGCCGCUGGGCUUCUACAUCCGCGACGGCUCCAGCGUGCGCGUCACGCCGCAGGGCCUGGAGAAGGUGCCGGGCAUCUUCAUAUCUCGGAUGGUGCCUGGAGGGUUGGCGGAGAGCACCGGGCUGCUGGCGGUCAACGAUGAGGUGCUGGAGGUGAACGGCAUCGAGGUGGCGGGCAAGUCUCUGGACCAGGUGACGGACAUGAUGAUCGCCAACAGCCACAACCUCAUCAUCACCGUGAAGCCGGCCAACCAGCGGAACAAUGUCGUCCGCACCGGCGGCGGCACGGCGUCCGGCAGCUCGGGCCGCUCGUCCGACAGCGGCGCCAGCUACUACGGCUACUCGUCGCACGCCGGCGGCGCCGCCUCGUCGUCGUCCGCGCCGGCGCACAUCAUCCAGAACUUCCCCGCCGGGGAGCUGGAGAGCGACGAGGACGACGAGGACUUGGUGAUCGAGGUGGGCGGCGAGGCGGAGCCCGUCGGGCGCCGCGCCCCGCCGGCCGCCUACGGCGUGCCCUCGCUGCCGCGCUACGAGCCGCACCUCAACCUGCGCGCCGCCGCCGUCGACGCCAACGGGCUGCUGCCUGCCAGCGGCAGCAGCGGAUCGCUCGGCGACGCCGGCGCCACUUCGACCACACCGUCCCCGGACAGGGCGGCGAGGAGGCGGAGCCUGGAGGAGGACGGCACCGUCAUCACUCUGUAGGAAGGGACUGAAACACUGGAAACCAGAGGCACACUCCUCCCCCUCCCCCCCUCGUGUGGGAGUCAACACGGGAACACCCUGAGAAGCGCACCGUGUGCCCCAUGCCCAGCACGCCACUGUACAUCCUCACAUAUCCACGUCACACACUCCUCUUCAUGCCAAUGACCACGCAUGUGUGCCAUAGUGCUGACCCCCCCCCCCCCCCACACACACACACACACACACACACACUUGUGCAGGCACCAAAAUGUGUAAUUUGAUGCCCCCUUCACUUCUAAACCACGACAAGCACUUGCUUUGCACCUGUAAGCUGUUGUUACGCUGAGCUUCCACUAGAGGGCGACGCCCUCGUCCCGGUCGAUGAACACAUGAAGGUAAUGAAGUGAAUGAAGGUAAUGAAGUGAAUCUCCCCUCUGAAAACAAUGGAGGAUGUGAGCUCCAAGCGUUUGAUGACAAUCUGACUAUAAUACUGUAGUUUUUAAACGAGGGAAGAAGACAACACGUCUGUGAUCCGAUGAUUUGAAACUGUUAUUAGCCGUUUUAUUCUCCAUCAUUUUACCCUCUAACUGGUUUUUAAACAUUCUUGGGGGCAACUUUGUCUUUUAAACAUACCUUUUACCACCGCGCCUGGGUUUUAUAUCCUUUUCUCUUACACAAUACUUCACCUCACAAGUGACCCGGUGACCACAUGGAGGUCACUUAACGUAACGAACCUCACCGUUCCUUCAUUUUGCACGUCCCUCUACCUUUCCUUUCCACGACGAGGGCGACUCCUCCUGCUGACAUCAUGUGAAUGAGUUUUUAAUAUUUUAGUGAGUCCACUUGGAUGUGAGACAUUCACAAAUGAAAAGUGUUCUCUGCAGUGUUUCUGCACCUCCUCCUCCUCGUGUCUUCAUUCUCACUGAAACCGAUGGAUGACGCACCAGGAGAGAAUGUAAGGGUUUUCAUGUUGACUGUGGUCCUAACGUUUGGCGUAUCAAUAGGCGGCAUGGCACGCUGUUGGCAAACAACAGCCACAGAAAAGGGUUGGUGAUGCAUUCAGUGACGAUGGAGGGAGGGAGGGAGAGACUGUAUCUUAAAGUAAAGCCCCGGGUUAGAUUGAGUCACAUUGCAACAAAAAAGACAAAAAGAAACGUGCGAGUGCACCGGAACAAACGGAUCCCCGUUCUGUUUGAUGAAGGCGGGGAAAAUGUUACGCCAACAAAUGUUCAGUGCAGCUUUAAUUGUGAGAAUUUUUCACUUAACUCCAAUUAAUAUGCUGAUUAAGACCUUCAAGCCGAUCCAUAACAUUUAUUGGAAGUUUUGCUUUGAAUACGAUAUAUAUGUUGGUGUAAACGGGAGGUAUAUACAUAUUUAUAUUUUAAUAUAUAUUUGUAUAUGUAUGUGUAUAUAUAUAUUUAUAUUGAUAUAUAUUUUUAUAUAUGCAUAUUAACAUAUGUCUUUAUAUAUAUUGUAAUAUAUAUUUAUUUUAAUACAUUAAUAUAUAUAUAUUGUUAUAUAUAUAUUAAUAUAUAUUUAUUUUAAUACAUUAAUAUAUAUAUGUAUUGUUCUAUAUAUAUAUAUAUAUCUCCCUCCCAUUGACCUUACCUGCUGCUAACUGCCUCUUUGAACUGUGAGCAGACUUCUUAUCAUUUGCGCUCUUGUUAAAAGUGAUACCCUUGACUAUAGCAUGGCUCUUAUCUCACUGGCGUGGCACACACACAAACACACGUGUUUAUGGGCUUCAUCUGAACCCACGUGUACUGCGGCGCGGUAGCUUCACACAGACAGUCACACUCGUGUCCAUCCUGCUUCUUGCCUGAAUGUCCGAUGAUGUCAUCAGUCGGUGAACAUCGAUGACUGGAAACCAACGCAAUGUGCAUCCGCUCUCCUCUUUCAAGCUCUACGGUUUUACGGUACUAUACAAGCGUUUAUGGUCCACAUCCGGGACCCUCGGCUUCUCCCAUUCCCGACAUCAACCGGUUAUGAACGGAAGACUUUUAGAAAUCAAUGUUAAUUUAUUUUCUUAAUUUCUAACUUUACCACAUGGACACUGGGAUUGUAACCACGGCGGCAUUGUUAUUUAUUCUCUAAUCAUGUGUCUGCAUAUUUUCUUCCUUUUUGAACACAUUUUAUGACUAUUUUUAUAACUUUUUCUUUCGUCGUGAACUUCUCGGUAGACGUUAUUGCCCAAUAGGAGAUGGUUUCGGUAGCUGAUUCUACUGUUCCAGAUAAAGCAGCAGGAGGGUCUGACAGACGUGACACUACUCUUUUAAUGUUUUUUUCCCGUACUGUGAAUUAUCAAUAUUAUGUAGUGGGAGAGAAACCGUUGUAUUAGCACACAAAAGGCUACUUGUUUUGCUUUGAGUACGAUUAUUAUUAUUUUAAGUGACCGAGCAAUGAUUUUUGCUUGCCAGAUAAAUCCAAUGGUAUAGAUUUGUAAAGAAGAUUGUCAGUAUUUUCAUAUCGAUGAUAUAUAUAUGAUGUACAUUUUUAUCAUGUUUAAUGAAAACGUUUUAAAAUUCAACUGGAGAUGUAUGAAUAAAUAGAUGUGCACCUGUAAUUGCUGAUUGGAGGAGCUGAAUACAAUAAACUUAUGCGUAGCAAUAUUAA